GACGGCACGCGUGGGGAGGAUGGCUGCGUGUAUUUCGGCGUGCAGCCGGCCUACGGCGGCGACGCCGCGUGGACGUCCUGGGGCUCCCACGCCGGCAUCACUGGCGGGUGGGGCGGCGCUGGCGCGUACGAGGACGUGCAGCAGUUUGAUUGCAACGCGUGGGCAAUGCAGUACCAGCAGCAGCAGCAGCAGCAGGCCUGGCUGGAGCAGCAGCAGCAGCAGUCCCAGCCGCAGCAGCCCGUGGUGACGCCAGCGCCGGCCCCCGGCACAGAGCUCCUCACGGAGCUGCGCCUUGCGGAGCUGAAACGGUUGAUCGACCGAGACAGCAAGUCGGUGCCCCAGGCCGGAGAGCUGGUGUUCGCGCCCGUGUCGAAGGAGCCGGGCGGCACCGGCGAGACGGCCGCCAGCCGGGCAGAGAAGGCGGAGGUCCCGGCGGCGCCGCUGGCGGGGCCCUUUCCAUGCAGGGGCGCGUUCCUGCCCGAGGACAGGAAGCACAAGGAGAUGCCCGUGAGCGAGGCGGAGCUGGUGUGGCUCGACGCGGACUCGGAGCACGUCUCGGGCUGGCUGUGGGCCUACAAGGAGGACCGCCGAGACCAGGGGUGGAUUCCGGCGGCGGCCGUGGAGAUGUUCGCGUACCUGGAGGACGAGGAGACGUGCGACGAGGGCCUGCUCCCGGCCGAGGAGCUGGAGGACGAGGAGGACGAGGACGAGGAGGACGAGGCGAGCAGCGCGUCCGACGCUCCCCGCUCGGGCCGGGCGUCGGCGCGGGGCGACCGGGGCUGGCACGCCGGCGGCCACCGAGGCGGCGACUGGUGGAGCGGCGGCGGCAGGGGCGACUGGUGGGGCGGCGGCGGGGGCGCCGACUGGUGGGGCGGCGGCGGGGGCGACGCCAGCUGGGCCUCGGGCGGCUGGGGCCGGGACGAGUGGAGGGCCGAGCGGCGACAUUCGCCCCCGCACCGAGGGGAGCGAGGGGGCGCUGGCAAGGCCUCCAAGAGGGCCCAGGACAGCGAGGAGAGCGCGGUGGUCGCGAGAGCCAAGGAGAGGGUGGAGUCCGCGGCGAGGGAGAGGCCCCGCAGGGCGCGGGGCGGCGGCGCCAAGGCCGAGAAGGAACCCGUGGCGGAGAAAGGCGCCGGCAAGGGCAAGGACUCCGCGAAGGGCGCCGGGAAGGGCAAGAGCGCCGAGGAGGCGCGGGCCGAGGAGGGUGCCGGGAAGGGCAAGGGCAAGGAGUCCGCUGGGAGAGGUCGUGGCGUCCACCGCGAGCGGGCGGGGCUGAAGGCCAUGAUGGAAAGGCUGAACAAGCCGCUGGUGGUGGACGGCAAGUGAGCAUCUCGGCAGCUCCGUCCUGCCCCUUGGGGGUGCCAGGGGGGGAGAAAAA